UGGUUGUGAGUGAGAGAAAGCCAGAGAGCGUGCGCACUGACAAACACACACACGCACACACACGCCAUAUGCACCUGCGGCCCUACUCCAACAUUAUUAUUACAACUGACAGGGAUUGUAGUCAAGAGUGCGUCUUUAACGAGAGGCGUAGCUGUUCUGCUGUGCUACAUUGAGGACAAGUUUCCGUUUCCUGCUAUUAACACAUUGAACUUGCGAGCUUACAUCGUUACAGCUGAUCGCUGAAGAACAGGAAAGCUGGAAUAGUAAGUAACAGAGGAACGAAAUUUUGUGAUUAUGAAAGCACAACUGAAAGGUGCGAGAAGUACUGGACAUAUUUGUAUUCCCAACUCGGGAAGCUGAAUGACGCAAGGCAUUUUUAUUUAAUACCCCAAAACACCUUCAUUAUGUCGGAGAGAGGGGGUCUCCCACGGACUGCGGGCACACCAUCUCCAAAUUUGCUGUCGUCCAAGACCGUCACGAUCGCCCCUAACCGUCCGGUUCAAAUGAACCUAUAUGCGACCUGGGAAAUUGAUCGCUCAUCACCAAGCUGUGUGCCCAGGCUCUUCACUGUUACCUUGAAGAAACUUGUGAUGCUUCAGGAACUGGACAAAGACCUAACCUCUGUUGUCAUUGCAGUCAAACUCCAGGGAUCAAAGCGCAUUUUACGGUCCAAUGAAAUCCUGUUGUCAUCGGCUGGAAUUACUGAGACUGAUCUUCAGCUGACGUUUUCCUUGCAAUAUCCACAUUUUUUGAAAGGAGACGGCAACAGACUGCAGAUCAUGCUGCAGAGGAGAAAAAGAUACAAGAACCGCACCAUCUUGGGCUAUAAGACCUUGGCUCUGGGCCUCAUCAACAUGGCGGAGGUGAUGCAACACCCCAGCGAAGGAGCCCGUGUGUUGGGUCUCCACACCCCCACGAAGGACACUGCUGUGCCAGUGGCGGAGAUGAGGGUCUACUCUCUCUCCAGCCAGCCCAUUGACCACGAGGUGGCCAAGUCCAAGAUGUCUGAUCGCUCCCCAGACAUUGACAACUACUCAGAGGAAGACGAGGAGAGCUACUCAUCAGAGCAGGAUGGGAGUGAUGACCCUGCUCACAACCAGUAUCUGUUCGAUGAAGAGGAUGACAUGUUAAAGAAGAAGCACAGACGCAAACUCACCUCAGCAGCGUCCAUCACCAGAGCCCAACCCAACAUCAAGCAGAAGUUUGUGGCCUUGAUGAAGAGGUUCAAGGUGUCUGACGAGGUGGAUUUGUCACAGGAGAGCAUCCGUGACGUGGAGGUGGACCUGGAUGAGCUUUACGACAGCCUGGAGAUGUACAACCCCAGUGACAGCGGACCUGACAUGGAGGAGACUGACAGCAUCCUGAGCACGCCCAAACCUAAACUCAGGCCCUUCUUCGAGGGCGUCUCCCAGUCCAGUUCCCAGACUGAGUUUGGGAGUUUGAACAGCAGGUGCAGCCUGUCCAGAGACACCCUGAGCCCACAAGGAGACCGGACCCCGUUGAGCAAGAUGAAACGUAUCCGCCCCCGCAACCUGGACGACUCAGAGACGGACACCCUGGAGCUGACUGAUCACGAGGUGUUUCUGGACACAACCCCGUGCAUCACCGUCUCCGUUCCGGAGCAGCCUCCCAGGACACCCAUGCGAGAACUGAGGGGCAGCAAGAGUGAGAGCCACACGUCCAUGCCUUACAGCACUAUACCUUCCCCCAGGUUGGAUGGCGGGCACACACCCAGGCAGAGGCGUGGCACCCCGAUGAAGGAGAGACGAGCGAUGUCCAAACCCCUGAGUGAACGCACCAACAGCUCGGACAGUGAGCGGUCCCCGGAGCUCAGCCGCACUCCACAGGUGCCCAGGAAGGCUGUGUAUGACCAGCUGAAUCAGAUCUUCUCUUCAGACACGACCCUUCCGGACAGCCUAGUCCUGGUCAACACCAGUGAUUGGCAGGGACAGUAUGUGUCUGAAGUUCUGCAGGCCCAGAACCUUCCUCUAGUGUGUACGUUCUGCGGGGUGGAGAUCCAGGCAGUUCUAACCACCCUGCUCACACGCAUCCAGAAGUUCUGUAACUGUAACUCAUCCAUGCCGCGGCCCGUUAAGGUGGUGGUGGCGGGGGGACAGAGCUACCUGGGCGCCAUCUUGCACUUCUUUGUCACUCAGCUUGCAAACAAGACGUCUGAUUGGCUCAGCCUCAUCCGCUUCCUGGUGGUGCCCUUGGGCUGUCACCCCGUAGCCAAGCACUUGGCCACAUUGGACCAUCGCUACAGCUCUGCGUUUCUGGACAACGCCUGGCGGGACCUAUUCAGCCGCCCGGAGCCCCCGCACUCUGCGGGUUUGGCUGCAGACGGCGUGGACGUGGCGGGCAGGAUCAGCCAGUAUAUCAGCGACGUCUCCGUCACACACCAGCUGCCCGUCGCCGAGGCCAUGCUCACGUGCAAGUACAAGACAUAUGAUGAAGACUCUUACCAGAAGUUUGUUCCCUUUGUUGGGGUGGUGAAAGUCGGGCUGAUUGAACCGUAUCUGGCUUAUCAAGGUGGAGAACCCGAAGAGGCUGUCAGUGUCAGCUUGGCUGUUCCCUCCACCUCACCCCCCUCCCACGGAUCUCCCACAGGGAUGGCCAGAGAGGCUGUCACCCCACCCCCGUCCCCCUCCCUCAGCAGUGGACUGGGGAGCCCUAAUAUGUCCCAAGGGGUGGACACCAUCGGGCUGACGGUGGACUACUGGGUAGCAACGUGCUCAGAGCGGAGGAAGGAGGGCGAGCGUUUCGACAAGGGCUCUAAGAACACCCUGAAGAGUGCCUUCCGCUCCCUGCAGGUCAGCCGGCUGCCAGGCGGGGGCUCGGCCGAGAACCAGCCCCAGGCCAACACCAUGGCCAUGACCGUGGUGACCAAGGAGAAGAACAAGAAAGUGUCCACCAUAUUCCUGGGAAAGAAACCCAAAGAAAAGGACGUGGACUCCAAAAGUCAGGUGGUCGAGGGAAUUACCAGACUCAUCUGCUCUACCAAGCAGCAGCAAACCAGCCUAAAAGUGUCUGUGGACGGUGUGGAGUGGACUGAUGUGAAGUUCUUCCAGCUGGCUGCCCAGUGGCCCACCCAUGUGAAGUACCUGCCUGUGGGGCUGUUCGGAUAUAACAAGACAUCCACUUAGAGGAGAACCCAUACCUGGCUGUUUCAAUAUCAGCUUCCUGGGCACCACAUCAGCUGACUCAACCGGGAGUCACUGGCCACAAAGCCAUUGGCUGAAAAAUUUUCAUGACUUUCAUGACUGGUUACAUGUCUGAAGAGUCUCUCAUUACAUUCAAGGAGAGGUGUUCGUGUUUUAAGGAGUCUUUACAUGUCUGAAGAGAGUCAUUACAUUUAAAGAGUUGUUACGUUUGAGGAGAGUCGUUAUAUGACGAAAGAGGAGUCUGAGGUCAGAGGAGAGUCUAUACUUGAUUAGAGUUAGGGUUACAGGCUUAAGGAGAGUCUUUGCAUGUUUAAAGAGAGGCGUUUCAGGAUUAAGGAGUCAUAUUACGUGAUUAAAGAGUGGUGUUGCAGGGUAAAGGAAAUCGUUAAAUGGAGUUGUUACAGGUUAAAGGUGAAUCUUUAUAUUUAAAUGGUGAGUUUAAGGAGCCGCUGCAGUUGAGUCUUUAUGCAUCCUAAAAAGUUGGUGUAUAAAGAUGAUCGUUACACGUCUGAAGAAGGUUGGUGUAUAAAGAUGAUUGUUACACGUCUGAAGAAGGUUGGUGUAUAAAGAUGAUCGUUACACGUCUGAAGAAGGUUGGUGUAUAAAGAUGAUCAUUACACGUCUGAAGAAGGUUGGUGUAUAAAGAUGAUCGUUACACGUCUGAAGAAGGUUGGUGUAUAAAGAUAAUCGUUACACGUCUGAAGAAGGUUGGUGUAGGUCUAAAGAUGGUCGAUUGAAGAAAACAGUUGUUAAAUGAGGAUUAUUAUUACAUGACAACAUGGAUGGACUCACCACUAACAGAUCAAGGCUAUUAUAUUUGUUAUUUAUUCUUAUAUAUUUGGUGACGGGGGGUUUCUCUUCUCCCUCUUGCCAUGUUCCUUUGUUUUAAGGUUGGGCCAAGUAAGAGCUGGGAUUGAGCGAGUGGGGGUUUUCCUCUUUCAUAUGCCCCUUUAUUAUGGGCUUCCUUCGGUGGAUUGGCUGCUGCGGUUUGUUGUUGUGUUGUUUAUUUAUCAGUAAAGCAAAUACCUGGUUAUUUAUUUAAUUGCACUUUACCCUCAGUGGCGUUUUUUCUGAUGUGUGCAAAAAUAUUGUAAAGUCAGUUUAGUGAAAGUGAUAGGGAUAAUCUUUACUUACAGGAAAUCUUUGAAAUAAUUUGACCUGUAUGCCUUGCUUUCUAAAUGAUUGCAUAUUUUUCCGUGAGUAAAUGUUGCUUUUGUGUGGUACAGAUUGUGUUUGUGUAAGUACACAUGUGUGAGAACCCCAAAUGCUUGUGAUUUUGUGUGCAUAGUAUGGGUUGUCAUAGAAAAACAUUUAAAACACUGUUUAAAUCUAGAAUAUCAGCAGACCUGUCUACUUUUAGGCAUGUAAUUGUCAAGCAAGUAUUUUUGUAUGGUACUGUAGUGUCUGCACGGCCAAUACAUUUGUCCUAAAAAUAUUUUUCAGAAUGUUUUUUUGUUAAAGGAUAUAAAAUGGAACCAGAUAUCACAUUCAAACCAGGGAAUUAUGAAAAAUCACAUCAAUAAAUCGAAUUAAAACUCAA